AUGAAAAAUGUAGAAGAUAAAGAUGAUAGCCUUGAAAUCUCUAUAGUUAGUACUGAUAUAGCAAAUACAAGUUUGAAAAUUAUAUGCAUAUUUUUGUUUCAGCAAGACAAUAUAGAAGAAUAUAUCAAUAUUCUAGAAAAAAUUGAAAAGUUCAUUAAUAAAACAAAG